GGCAAAAUUAAGCCGGGAAGCCACUGGACGUCGCGCUGUCGCUGUCGCAUCUGGUCCGUUAAAGCUGAGGCUCGUCGAAAUGCCCGCCACCUCCGAAAUCCACAGCGAAGAGCAGCGGCGGGAAUCCGUCUGUGAGGCGGCGGAGAGGCGGAGCGCCGAGGAGAAGCAGUCCGGGUUUCUAUGCGACGAACGCGGGUAUCUUGACUUGGUGAAGCACAUCCUGCAGAAUGGAAGAAGGAAAGGAGACCGAACCGGAACCGGAGUUCUGUCUGUGUUCGGUGCCCAGGUCAGGUACAGUCUGCGAGAUCAGUUUCCUUUGCUGACGACCAAAAGAGUUUUCUGGAAAGGGAUUCUGGAGGAGCUGCUGUGGUUCAUCAAGGGGUCCACAAGCGCCAAGGAGCUGUCGGACAAAGGCGUCAAGAUUUGGGACGCCAACGGGUCCCGCGCCUUCCUGGACAACCUGGGAUUCACGGACAGAGAGGAGGGGGACCUGGGACCCGUUUAUGGCUUCCAGUGGAGGCACUUUGGGGCAGAAUACAAAGACAUGCACACAGACUACACAGGCAAAGGGGUCGACCAGCUGCAGAACAUUAUCGACACCAUCAAGAAGAACCCAGAGGACCGGCGGAUCAUCAUGUGUGCCUGGAACCCCAAAGACCUGCCCCUCAUGGCCCUGCCCCCCUGCCACGCCCUUUGCCAGUUCUACGUGUGCGACGGCGAGCUGUCCUGCCAGCUCUACCAGCGGUCGGCUGAUAUGGGCCUGGGGGUGCCCUUCAACAUCGCCAGCUACGCGCUGCUCACGUACAUGAUUGCACACAUCACGGGGUUGCAGCCCGGCGACUUUGUCCACACCCUGGGAGACGCCCACGUCUACGUCAACCACGCCGAGCCUCUGCAGGAGCAGCUUCAGAGGGACGUCAGGCCUUUCCCCAAACUGAAGAUCAAGAGGACGGUGGCGAACAUCGACGACUUCACAGCUGAGGACUUUGAAAUCUGUGGCUACAGCCCUCAUCCCGCCAUCAAGAUGCAGAUGGCUGUGUGAAGCCCCUUCAUUAUGAAAGGACCGCGUUGGGGUUUAGAAAGCAGAUCUACUAUAUUUGCAUCAGUUGUAUAUAACAUUAAAUCCUAGAUCCUUAAGUUUUUCUUAUAUUUUCAUGAAAAUCAAUCAUAAGAAUCUGUAUAUUAAAUGGAAAAUUCCUAUUUGUUCGUAAAAAUAGGAUUUUUGAUUUCAGUCUGAUCUAAA